UGAUUUGUGUGUGUACAGCUUCCAUGCAGCUGGGUAGUCGGUCCAGCCUCUCGAGCUUUGACGUCACACGCCUCAGUGUUCACACAUGGAAGUGAUCAUUCCGGUCCACUGUACAGUGUAAGGUCGCAGAGCCCGGAGCUCACAGAGCAGCAGGGGAUCUGACCCAAUAUCCAACUGUCGCUCGGGUUUAUUCUCUCAGCUCUUGUGCUUUUUGCAGAGCGGCUCGUGCACUUUCUUCAGCUCGUCUCUCGGUUUUGUUUUUGUUUUGUUGUUGUUGUUGUUGUUGUUGUUGUUUUUGCCUCCUGCACGGAAUACAACUGACAUGUCCAGACCUCUGACCAUGAACCCCACUUUUCUACCUCCUCCAACUUACGGAGUGCUCAAAUCUCUUCUCGAAUAUCCAAUGAAGCUCCCACUGCACCACGAAGAAGUUUAUGACAAGGAGAAGAAGUUGGAUGAAGAGAGGAAUGUACCCCAGUCCGCCUUCCUGGGCCCAGUACUUUGGGAUAAGACGUUGCCUUAUGAUGGCGAUAAUUUUCAGUUGGAGUACAUGGACCUUGAAGAGUUUCUGUCUGAAAAUGGCAUUCCGUCCAGCCCACCACAACAUGAGCAAAGCCAGUGUCCUCAGCAGCAUCAGCAGCAGCAUCAGCAGCAGACCACCGUUUCUGUCAUGGACCUCAGCAGUAGAGUCAACACCUCCAUCCACACAAGCAUGGUCCCUCAGCCUUGCCUCCAGAGUCCCACACGAACAGUGUUGCCUUCAUCACGCAACACUCCUAGCCCAGUUGACCCAGAGUCCAUCCAAGUGCUGAUGAGCUAUAAGCCUGACCCAACAGACUUGGCUCUGUCCAGCGUGCCAGGCCAGGAAGCCUUCGACCCGCGCAAGUGCAGGUUCUCUGAGGAAGAGCUUAAACCAAAGCCAGUCAUCAAAAAAGCACGCAAAGUCUUCAUUCCUGAUGACAUUAAGGAUGAAAAAUACUGGGCACGGCGCAGAAAGAACAACAUGGCUGCCAAGAGGUCGCGGGACGCUCGGCGCCUGAAAGAGAACCAGAUUGCCAGCCGCGCCGGUUUCCUGGAGAAGGAGAACUCGGCUCUCCGACAGGAAGUGGCUGAUCUGCGGAAGGAGCUUGGGCGCUGUAAGAAUAUUCUAGCAAAAUACGAAGCUCAGCAUGGCACUCUGUGAGGCCUACAGGCUGGUGUAAUAGGAAGGACGAUGGAACGGUGCAAAGCCCUUUUGACAUUUAAACCUGUUGACCAUCACCUCUGUCUGUUCUUGGCACUUUAGAAUUCUGUUUUAGUGUGAGGUCAUGUUUGAAUUACAGUUUAUUAGCCAGCCUUUUUUAAUUAUUAUUUUAAGAGAUGUUUUAUGCUCCUAGGAAUGUUUCUUUCUUAUUCAUGUAUUCUGUACAUGUUUUAGGAGUGUUGUAGCAUUUAAUUGUACAAAAAAACCCAUUUUUGUUCAUCAUAGUAGUUCCAUUGUUACAGUUUUUAUUGUUAAAUUCAGUUUGCAGGGUUUAUAUGAUUAGUGAGUCAGCCCUCCAGUAUUAAAUCUGGUGAGCAAAAUAUACAUUUUGGCCUCAUACAGUAUUUGUUUUAAGUGUCUCUACAAUGGCCUGCUGUUUUCACAGAGAGAAUACAUUAUAGAAAAAAAGUAUUUUAAAAAAGGAGUAUUUAUGAAUACGCUUUUUUAAUAUGACAGGUUUUUUUAUUAAACUAUUUGACUCUGUAAGCUGUUACAUGAUUGUUACACACCAUUUUUAUAUCCCAGUUUACUUUAGACUGGGAUUUGUGUUAAAUGUAUAGCCAUCAAACUUCUCACAUCAGCAUGUUUUUUGAAUGCGUAGACCAUAUUUUGAUCUUUAAUCUUAAAUACUUCAUUUUCUGGCUACAUUAUGUUUUUGAUACCCAUCUUUACUUUUUUUCUAGUUGAGUUAUGAUGGGAUGAAUUAUAACACUAUACCUGUGGCAAUAAAUUUAUUGGCUUCUAUACUGAACAUGAAUGAGUUAGUAUUUGGGACAUUUUGUUGAUUGGGGUAAAGGUAAAUGACACUGCCAAGUUUUAUUAGCACGAGUCAUUCCACACAGAGAAUGGCAAUGUGUUUGAAACGUGAUUGAUAAUAAUAAUAAUAAUAAAGACUCUGGUUGCAUUUGGAGCAGUGUGAUCAGAAUGUAAAUGUGAGGCCAUGUUCUGUGUCUGAAUAAACUAUCAGUCUCUAUUCCAGACCAAAAGAAAGAAAAUGUCUAUGUAAUGUUGUAUUAAAGUGAAAUGUUUUAAAGGUUUUGCAAAGUUUUUCUUGUUUUGUACAGUAUUUUCCUAUGAAUCUCUAAAGAUGUGUUUUAAAAGGUAUUUGCUACAUGGAAAAAAAAGAGCUUUUAAAAAUUUAAAGUGCUGUAAAGCUUGCUGGAAUUUUGCAUGGGCAUUAGUGAAGUAUAAUCCAAUCUAUUUAUCUAAUGCAUUAAAGCUAUUUCUGCAUUUAACAUCCGUCUGUUAUUUACUGAAUCUAUUUUUAUGCACCACUGAAAGGUGAAAGGUCUUUUCCCCUCUUUUCCGCUGUCCAUACUAUUGUUAGGAUAAACGCAGUCUGCAGUGUUUCUUGCUGGUGAAAUGACUUGUUUUGAAGGAUGGUAUUAUGUGUUUGCUAUACUGGUGAAAGCAGUGAAUGCUGACUGUGAAAAGAUCUUAUGAUAUAUAAAAUUUUAUUAUAGCAUGUUUAUUUUCAGUAGAGUAUUUAUUGGCUUUAAAGUUUAUUUUAUUGUCUGUUUACUGUGUUGACUUCUUUUUUUCUUUUUCCUGUUUUCUUGCCCACAAUCAUGAUCAAAAUAAAUUCUUAACAAACAUA